AAAUCCUAUCGGAUGUCCGGGGCAACGAUUUCGCCACCACGGUCCACAGCCACGCAUCAAUCGGAGGAAAAUUCCCACGUUCUCUCGCCACGUAUACAUAACCGUUUUCAGAAACUGGUGGUCAUUCGCUUUCUUCAAAAAUUUCCAGCCUUUUUACUUCAGCGCUCAACCAAUAUCUUCUGUUAUGACUUCUCGUAUUAGUAUUGCUCGCCCGCAAUCCGCCAACUACAACCCUGACCCCCAUGGGCUGUCCAAUUCACGGCCAUCCACAGGCUACCGCUCCGCCAACCCAGAUGAUCCCAUAGAAAAGCUUCGCGCUAUCAGCAAACAGGUCGAGGACAGCAUCGAGAUUUACGCUCAACCAUUAAAGCCCCACUUGCCGGCAAUUGGUCGCUUCAUGAUUGUUGUGACGUUUUUGGAGGAUGCUUUAAGGAUUCUCACCCAAUGGUCCGACCAAAUCUGGUACCUGCAGCAACACAGGCAUUUCCCUUGGGGCUUGUCACAUCUGUUCCUUCUCUUAAACGUCGUUGUCAUGCUUGGUGCUUCUGGUGCUGUGAUUCUCAAACGCUAUACGGAGUACUCAGUGGCGGGGUUGCUCGGCGUCGUCGUCAUUCAAGGCUUUGGUUACGGGCUUAUCUUCGACCUCACAUUCUUCCUUCGUAAUUUAAGCGUCAUUGGUGGUCUUUUCAUGGUAUUCAGUGACUCCAUGAUAACACGCAAGAAACUUUUCGCCGGACUUCCAUCUCUAAGCGAGACGGAUCGCCGAAAAUACUUCCUUCUUGCCGGUCGUGUUCUCCUUAUUUUCCUCUUUCUCGGAUUCAUCAUUCAAGGUACAUGGAAUAUCGCUCGUGUUCUCGUGUCCAUCGUUGGUCUCGCUGCAUGCAUCAUGGUCGCUGUUGGAUUCAAAGCCAAGUGGUCAGCCGCCUUCCUGGUUUUUGUCCUUAGCGUCUUCAAUGUUUUCGCCAAUAACUGGUGGUCCGUUCCAUCCGCACACCCACAACGUGACUUUUUGAAGUAUGACUUCUUCCAGACAUUGUCUAUUGUGGGCGGGUUGAUUCUCCUUGUCAACAUGGGCCCGGGCGGUCUCUCUGUCGACGAGAAGAAGAAGAAUUACUGAACCGUUCGCUCUGGUGCAAGUCUUCUGAGAAUCGCUUCAAUGGAUAGCAUGCUAGUGUAUGAUUCCUAAUGAACUGUAGCGUGCACGAGCUACAGAGUUGAAUAACGACAACCACACGCUACUUCACAUGGAUAUCAAGGGGAUUGGAGAUCGCUGUGACCGUCUCUGUUUUCUGUAUGCCCUCUGCGCCAAAAAUUAUAUUUUUACUAGCUUUGUCUUUCUAUAUAGUGCAGAGUGGUUUAAUUUUAUUUAUCAUCGUCCAAAACUCAUUUGUGCAUCAGCAAUAGGUGUACUGUCCAGUUAUGGUAAGUGCUGUAGGAUUACUUCAUCAACCCGCAGAAAAGCAGAAUAAAAAUC